UAGUUCUGAUGUGUAUGUUUUGGUUCAUGGUCGAUGCUUUUCCAAAAAAAAAAAUGGGUGACAACACAUUGCUCGAACUCUCUAGUAUUGUUCAAAGUAACCUUUUAUCGCUAAGUGAUACCAAAACAGAGGUUUCCUUGGAAGAAUUUGGCAUAAUCAUCGAUACUGUUUGUAAUAGUUUGGCCAAGAUCCCAAGCACGGACGAGUCACAAAAUGUAAUCAGGCAGUUAGAAGUUAACAAAGCUUUAGGAAAAUUGGACCCACAAAGAAUAUCAGAGUUGUACACAAACCUUUCUAAAUUUAUAAUCCAAGCGGCAUCCCAAAAUAUUUCAUCCAGUCAACUGGAGUCCAAAUUAAAAACAUUCCACUGGUCAUCUGAACAAAUUGAUAGGCUUCUGAAAGUCUUUUUUGCCAACCAAAGCAAAAUCCAAGCAGUCCUAAGGCUGUAUGGUACCAGCCCACCAAAAUUGGUUGAUGUCAAUUGGAGGCUAGAUUAUCGAUUAGAAACCAAUACUAGAGGGCCUGUUCGUGAGUUGAUGUACAUUAUUGAAUUAAUCUUUGAGGACAAAGGCCGACGCGAACCGUUGACCUUUACUGCGUCUCACGCAGAAUUGGAAGACUUGGUGAGUACACUUAAAGAUGCGUGUCAUUCCGUGAAACGUGUUGCAUUGUUAAAACUAGGAUUACAAAAAAGGGAAAUAAACUAACGCACGAAGUACAGUGAUAGUUACGAAGGCAUGGAAGACCUUCGUCUCCACUCUCUCAGUGUACAAAUAUCGCACUCUUUUCUAUACAGAUUGAACGUGACCACAAGGCGAUAAAGCCGUGCAUACACUUGCAGAUGAAGAAAUGAAACGAGGGAAAAAAGAAAAUACAAGGGAUGAAAAAGUU